AUGGUCCAGCAACUAACUUCGGUGCAAUCUCUUCUCUCUCUCCCUUCGAAUGACCAUCCUCAAUGGUACUCUACAGGUCCAUCCACUUGCUCGGUGAUACUCAGAAAUCAAGUUGCAGAUAAUCAGCAUAUACCUUCGAACUCUAUUGGGAACCGCGGUAGAAAACUUUCACUCACCAGUAACCUCUCCAGGAAAGGUAAAAUAUCUAAAUGGAAUCCCAAUUCUCGUUCUUUAGAGCUCGAUAGGUUACAUAGAGAUCAGAUUAAGAAGCGUCUGUCUCGCUUUAUCCCUGACGAUAUUGAACUCGAGUUUGAUAGUGAUGAUAGUGAUAGCGAUGCUGUCUCCAUCGAUAUCGACCAGCCUUCCUCUUCAAGUAUCAUUCCUCAACCUCAAAAGCUCCUUGACGCUGUUCAAUCAAAUCACAUCAAAGAUUCCAUUUCCUGUCCGAAACUCUCAAAAUUUGAAUCAUCUGCUGCAAACGUCGUCGAAAAUGAAAAGGAGGUUACUAAAUCUAUAAAUCGAGCCCUUUCUAACUUAUACGACUCUCCAAACUCUUCAACCCGCAUAAAUAACCUCUUUAUCUCAGAUACUGGUGUUGAUUUACCCACUAACAACGAUAAUCAUAUCCAAGACAUUCACCUUUCUGUCGAUCAGCAAAAGCUUCAGACCCAAAGACACAUUGAAUCCCUCCAUGACGCUUUAUCUGACAGUCGCGAAUACAUUGAACGUAUGAAUGAACUUAGAUCUAUCAUAUCAGAGACUAACAGGAUCAAGAAAUCCGUCUGGAACGGUUUAAGGGAAUCCGUUUACCUAAGUUUGGGAGGUGAUCUUCCCCCAUAG